UAUCAUUAAUUCAUUGGUUUUCGACAAAUUUGAUUCCCACAAAUUAUUUGAUUUCUGCACUUUUAAUAUCUUGAGGAAAUGAAAUUCUUUAUUUGUCUUCUAGCGUUACAGCAACUCUACGUACAAAGUGUCGCCGAGGAUUUCGAUUUCUUCUACUUCGUUUUACAGUGGCCUGGAGCGUAUUGUGAUUCAAGACAUAGUUGUUGCUACCCAAAAACCGGUAAACCAGCUGCGGAUUUUGGAAUUCACGGUCUUUGGCCUAAUUACAAAACCGGUGGAUGGCCGCAAAAUUGUAAUCCUGACAGUCAAUUUGAUGAUUUACGGGUGUCUGAUCUGAUGAACGAUUUACAAAGAGAAUGGCCAACGUUGUCGUGUCCGAGCAAUGAUGGUAUGAAGUUUUGGACACAUGAGUGGGAGAAACACGGCACAUGCGCUGAGUCCGAGCUUGACCAACUCGAUUACUUUGAAGCCGGUCUCAAGCUCAAACAGAAAGCUAAUCUCCUUCAUGCCUUUACCAAUGCCGGGAUCAAACCGGAUGAUAAAAUUUAUGAAAUGAAAGAUAUUGAGAAUACGAUCAAAGAAGUAGUUGGAUUUGCUCCGGGCAUUGAAUGUAACAAAGAUUCGUCACAUAAUAGCCAACUCUAUCAGAUUUAUUUAUGUGUUGACACUUCGGCCUCCAAAUUCAUCAAUUGUCCUGUUAUGCCGCAUGGUCGAUGCGACUCUCGAGUUCAAUUUCCCAAGUUCUAAAUUUUAUGGCUGCAUUUUUUCUAUGUAUUUACGAAAAAACAUUAUACUUAUUA